UAGCUGCGUGAUGUAAACGGGGAGGAUAUCUCGGUUCCUCUUAAGGCCUUCCCCUUAACCCUCAUGUCUAUGCUUAAUAGAGACCUGAAACUGAAGGACAGGCUCAGACAUUAGUCAGCUCUACACUCAUCUACUCCUCCACACACAGAAAUCAACAUUGGUUUAAGCAAUAACCAUGGAGGAUGAGCAGAAUUAUGAAUAUGACGAUGAAAAAUACUUGGAAAUGUUUAACAAUAGCGAAAACACAAGCUAUGCAUCUUACGUGGAGGACGAGCUCGUCCAACACUGCUCUACAUCUAACGUCAACCAAUUUGGCUCGGCCAUCAUUCCUUAUUUCUACUACAUCAACUUCCUCCUGAGUUACUUAGGCAACUGGCUUGUUUUGUUCAUCAUCGUCAAGCUUGAGAAGGUCAACAGCGUCACCAACAUCUUCCUCAUCAAUCUGGUCACCUCCAACAUCCUGUUUGCAUCCAGCUUCCCCUUCCUGGCCAAAUACCAUUCCUCAGAGUGGAUCUUCGGCACGGUGCUUUGCAAGUUGGUCAGCAGUGCCCAUCUGAUUGGUUUCUACAGUUCCAUCCUCUUCCUCACCCUGAUGACCUUUGACCGCUACCUGGCCGUGGUGCACGCGGUGUCCGCUGCCAAGAGCAGGAAGAGGGCGUACGCCAUCGGGGCGUCGUUGAUCGUUUGGUUCAUCAGUGUGCUGGCCAGUCUCAAUGAGCUGGUGUUCAAAGGCGUGUGGGAGGACAGCGAGCACGGCCUGAUGUGUGAGGAGACAGGAUAUGAUCUUGACGUCGUCAAACAGUGGAAUCUGGUCAGCUACUACAUGCGGUUCCUCCUCUUCUUCCUGCUGCCCCUCUCCAUGGUGAUGUACUGCUACACCUGCAUCACCGUGCGGAUCAUGUCCACUCGCAUGAGGGAGAAAUGGCGCUCGGUGAAGCUGAUAUUCAUCAUCAUGUUCACCUUCUUCGUUUGCUGGACUCCCUAUAACAUCAUGAUCCUGCUGAAGGCCAUUCAGAUCUCCACAGCCGACGAAGCAAACCCGAUGUGCGUUCAGGUCGAAGCUCUGAACUAUGCGGUGUACGUGACCAGAAACAUAGCGUUCUUGUAUUGUUGCAUCAGCCCCAUGUUCUACUCCUUUGUGGGUAAGCGGUUUCAGAAUCACUUCAGGAAGCUGUUGUUGAAGAACAUGCCUUGUCUGGCACGUCACUUCAGACCCGCUAGUCUGAGCAGCAAGUCCACCUCAGGAAGGACAUCCCACACAAACGACUUUUAACCUGCGGGAGACAAUUUACCUUUUUUGAGUUGGAUAAUUGGAUGGGAAAACAGGAAAUUUGAUUUGAUGAUUUUUAUUAUUUUGUCAGUUUUAGCAUUUAAAUGUAGUCAUUUAGCAUAUACCUUGUAAAUGAAUACCUAAUAAUUAAUUGCAAUUCUGUAGCCCUCUUUAUUAAGGCACUCAAAGUGCUUUAAACAGUUAGUUAGUUUAUUCCCCUUAGGGAAAUACUUUUUCAGUUUCCUUGCGUCAUUUCUCAAAUAGUGAGUGUGUGGUUGAGAAUCACACCUCAUAAUAAUGAGGCUGAGAACAAUCAAAGUUUGUAUAGAAUUUAGAGUAGCAACAUUUAGGUUCUCGAAGGAUGAAAAAUCGCAGGAGGAAGUGUUAAAUAACAGAGUUAUUUGUGAACUAGCUUUGUCAUGACAACAUUGCCAAUUUUAACCAGUUUUGCGUGAAAUAUAAUUAUUAAGAGAGAAUAUAAUAUAACUAGAAAAUGCAUUUCCUGCAGAAAAUGCGGUGAGUGCUGUAGUACAAAAUGAGGUUGAAAAUAUUUUUUAAUAAUGCCACAAAGAUUAAGACAUAAAGAAACGUUAAAGGGACUUGAACAAAAGUUCAAAAGUCUAAAUGGAGUAAACUAAACUUUGUAACUUUGUAAACAUGCACAUCGUUUAAGAAAAAGUAAAUGGUUGGAAACAAAUAAAGUGACAACUGAAUGAAAAGCGCAAA